AUGGAUGAACAAGUUGUUGGACCACAAAUUGGAACAUCAGGAGAUAGUUUUUUUCAAACAAACAAUGAUCUAUUAAUUCAACAACGACGAGAAGCAAAAUGUCAAAAUAAGCAAGGGGAUCCAAUUAAGUGUACCUCGAAAGUUUUAUGUAUGAUGUUAUCAAAUAGUCCAAAUGAUUUGGUGGACGGUUGUUUAUAUAUUGGUGAAUCAGGAUUUAUUGCAAAAAAAAUAAAAUUAUCGACUGGUAAAGUAUUAAAAAUAUUUAAAGGGCAUACAGGACCAGUUACUUGUAUAGGAAUGUGGUAUAAGGAUCAAGAGGAAUAUUUAAUUACUGGAUCAUGGGAUAAAAAUUUGAGAAAAUGGAAUACCAAGACAAAAGAAAGCAUAUUUACUUUUUCGGGUCACGAAGAUUUUGUAAAAUCAUUGGUAAUUUCACAAAGUAAAUCAAUAUUAUAUUCAGGAUCAUCAGAUAAACUUAUUAGAUCAUGGGAUUUAGUAACUGGGAAACAAUUAAAAAGUUUUCAAGGACACACACGUGGUAUAGGAGAUCUAGCAUUAGGUGGUGAUGGUGAUGAAGAUGAAAAGUUUUUGUACUCUGCAUCUUCCGAUAUGUACAUUAGAAAAUGGAAUACAAGCACGGGUGAAUGCCUACAAAUAAUUGAAGGACAUUUGACAAUGAUUAUUGUGUUAUUGGAUAUUACAUUAGAACAUCCAGAUUUUGUUAAAUGUCUUGCUGUAGCCCAUCCUUAUGUUAUUAGUGGAUCAAGAGAUGAAACAAUUAGAAUUUUUGAUAUUGGAAGUGAAGAGUUGGUUGAUAUCAUUGAAGCACAUUACGAUGAAGUUUCAUGUUUAGUGGUGAAAGGAACAAUGUUGUAUUCAGGAUCAUUGGAUGGCACUAUUAGAAAAUGGUCUAUCACUGCCAAAGAUAUUGCGGAAAGAAUUAAAAAAAAUUCCAUAAAAGAUGAUGAUGAUAAAAUAUCAGAUUCCAAGCCUUCUACUACAACAACGGAUACUCAAACAUCAUCCGUUAUGACAAUGGAAGAAGAACUUGAAUUGGAAGAAUUAUUAAGAGAUGAUGAAAUUUAA